AUGUACACAGUGAGUCAGCGUGACCUUGGUACCUCAGAAGGGAACCUCGUCUUUGAAGGAGUACUAGCAUUGGCAUCAUCGGAGGGGGCAGGGCAUUUAUUCCUCUUCAAAGUGGACAUUCUAAACAAUCUGCACUCAGUCCUCUGCAUGCUGCUCUGUGUCCUGGGACUCCUGGCCAAUGGCUUCGUUGUGCUGGUGCUGAGCAGAGAAUGGGUGUCACCAGGGAGGCUGCUCCCCUCCAGCAGGAGCCUCUUUAGCUUGGGUGUCUCCUGCUUCUGCCUGCUGGGUUGCAGUGGCAACUUCUACUACUUCCUCCAUCUGGUCGAGUACUGCGGGGGUCCCGCCUGGCAGUUCUUUGGUCUACGCUGAGACUUCCUGAACUCGUUCAUCUUCUGGUUUGGCUCCUGGCUCAGCAACCUCUUCUUCAUGGAGAUUGCUAACUUCACCCACCCCACCUUCCUCUGGCAGAAGUAGAGGUUCCCAGGGUUAGUGCUCUGGCUUCUGCUGGGCUCUCUCCUCAUCUCCCUUAUCAUCACCCUGUAGUUCUUUUGGGGGAACCACGAUUUGUAUAAAGGUUUCUUUAUUAGCAAAUUUUCUGGUAACAUGACCUACAAUCAGCAGAGCAGGGGGCUGGAAAUUCACCAUUUUCUACCCCUGAAACUGGUCACCCUUUCAAUUCCUUGCUCUCUUUUUCUGGUCUCGAUUGCUCUGUUGAUUAACUCUCUGAGGAGACACAUGUGGAGGAGGCGGCACAAUGCCCACAGCCUGCAGGAGCCCAGCGCCCAGGCUCACACCAGAGCUCUGAAGUCACUCAUCUCCUGCCUCGUUCUUUAUGCUCUGUCCUUCGUGUCCCUGAGCAUCAAUGCUGCAGCGUUCUACUCCUCAGAAAGUGACUGGUACUGGCCGUGGCAAAUUUUAACCUACUCGUGCACAUCCAUCCAUCCCUUUAUCCUCAUCCUCAGCAACCUCAGGCUUUGAGGGGUGUUCAGGCAGCAAAUUUUGUUGGCCAGGGGCUUCUGGGUGGCCCAAGUGGCAUGA